AUGGAUUAUUAAUUAUUGAUAAGAGAUUAUGAAAAAGUCAAAGAACUAAUCAAAGCAGAAAAGGACAGCUAUUCUCAGUUGAUAAACUUUAAAUGUGAAUAACUAUCAGAAUUGUCUGAUACUUAACCCUUUCUACCAGACAAUACAUUGAACAAUCAAUAUUUUGUAAAUCAGUAUUAAGUUGAAAACCUAUACGUAAUGGACAUUGAAUCGACCAAAUAUCAAUUAUUGAAUUUUAUGAGAGAUGACAACCAAAUUACAAAAUAAGUGUUCGAAAAUGAACUGACCUAUCCAACCUUUUAACCCUAUUUGAUUCAAUUACAAAAAUUACCCAAACAGGAUUUGUAAAGAAAGGUGAGUUGGUUAGAAGUCAUCUAUAAAUUGAUUUAGAGUCCUAAACAAAAAAAGUCAAUGAAAUUUUAGACUUAUAAUGAAUUAAUUAUGUGGUAAACAGCCUUUAUACAAGUUGCCAAAGAAAUAACAAACAACCAAGAAUACUUGUUAAUUCUUAGAAAACCCUUAAAAGAACUUUUUAGAUUGUGUUUAAUUCAAAUUUUAUCCAUUUUAGAUAGAAAUAUCUAUAGAUAUUUUGAACAAUUGCAUAGUCUUAUUAACAAUGAUUUAAUGUAAAUCUUUUAGGACUCUUAAUUAAGAAUCACAAUAAUCUAUUCAUUAGCAAAGAUUGUCUUUCCGAAGUUAGACUCUAAUGAUAAGCUGCCAGAUGAACACAUUAAAAUAUUGAAUAUUUUGAUAAGUCAUGAUAAGAUCAAUAAAAUACCUAAUUUUGAGACAUGGUUAUAGCUUUUUGAAUUUCUGUUAUUUUUAAUGCUUUCAGAAAUAAAUUUAAAAAAGGAACACAUUUUUUAAAAGAAUCUGGAAGAUAAAAUUAAGAAGGAACAUCCAGACAUUCCAUUCAUUGAUCAAUUGUGGUAUUAUGUAGCUGUCAAUUUCACAUAAUAAAACAUCAAAUUGAAUUAAUCCUUAAAGAAAUUGAUAUCUCAUAAUGUAUAUUCAUUAAUAAAUAUUUAUUGUGUGCGAUACAAUAAAUAUCAAUUAAUGAAUUAGAUAUUGGAGGAUCUGUUGAUAACUCCAUUUGAAGAUGAUGUUCUAAGAAUGAACAUGUGUAUUAUUCUAUUCAACACCGACGAUUACAAUAAGUUGCAUUAGAUGAUCUAAUCCUUAUUAGCCAGCGAAUAGAUUAAAGAUCACGAAUUCAGACCUGUGAUAAUCAGUAUGUGUGUGAUGUUUACAGGGAUUUAUUUAGGCAAAGGAGAAGAAGCCUUAUGCUUUGCGAGAAUGAAUUACAACGACUAUGACAAGGGUAUAAUUACACUCGACACUCUAUUGGCUUAAAUUGGCUAUUGCUUCUAUAAUCUAGGGAAAGCAGCUAAGUAUGUCUUUGAGAAGGAGCACUUCUAUAUAAAGGCAUUGGAGUAUUAUCAAAAGAGCAUUGAAUAAAACUCCGAUAAUCAACUUGUUUAAUACAACUAUGGCAAAUUGCUGGCGAUAACUGGAGACAUCAAGAAGGCUUUUUAUCAUGUGGAUUAGGCAUGUCGAUUAUGCGGAGCGGAGAUUAACUUUAAGAUUUUAAGAGCUCUUCUGUAUUAAACCUAACAUGAAAAUCACACUGCCUUACAGAUAAUAUCCUCAUUAAUUAUAAUAAAGCAAAGCCCAUUAUUGUAUUUCAUUAAGGCUUCAAUAUUGACUGAAAUGUAUCUACUAAAUUUAUUUAAUGAGAAGGAAUUGUAAUAUGCUCAAAGCAUAAGUGAGGAAUUGAAAUAGUUCGUCAUCAAAAAGUUUUAGAAAUCAAAAGAGGUUCAGUCUAUUUUAUAAAACCUCAAGAAAUUUCUUCUAGGAGUUUCAAAAAAAACGUAUGAAUUCGAUCAAAAUGAUUAAUUCAUAUUUCAAUUGCUUCCUCUCAAAAGUAUGUAGAACUUUGAUAUCGAUCCUCUCACGUAUAUCAAUUAUAGAAAUUGUAUAUUCAACACUAUUGACAUUCUAAUAAAGUUACAAAUUUUUGAUUUAGCUAAUCAAGUACUAGAAUUGGUGGAUGAUGGCAAUGAAUCAAAUGAUAAUGAAAAGUUGUUUUAUCAAGGUUUAUUGGAGGAAAACAAAGAUAAGAUCGAUGUAGCCUGUCAUUAUUAUGAGGAAGUGCUACGAACAGAUUUCUACCAUGUUAGAGCCAUGUCGAGAUUGGGGUUGCUAUAUCUGAAACAUUAUAAGGAGAGUAAGAUUUAGAGAGCCAGUGAAUUAUUGAUUGCUGCGUCGAAAUUUGAAAAGACUUAUGAAAUUUGGUAAAUGGAGAGAUUAGGGAUUUUGAAUCAAUUAUAAAAUAACAACAGUGAGGCCCAGAAAUUCCUUAAUGAUGCUCUAAGAUUAUUGAAAACAUCUCCAAUUGUCAGUUUUCAAAUGAUUCCAGACAUAUUAUUUGGCUUGUCUAUUAUUAAAGAAAUUAAGAAUUUAUUCAUUGAAUAUAAAUUCCUUGCCAUUUAUUUUAAAUUAAAAUCUUUAAUUUUUAAAAUGAUCAUAAAAGUUGGUCACCUGAAUGGUGAAGUAAAACUAUAUGAUUUGGCUGAUUCGACCUCAGCCGGUCAUUUGAUGUAACUGAUUCAAUCUGAAUUGGGUUGUGAGGUUUCAUUGGUCAACUCUGGCGAAGCUGUAGCAGCAUCUGCAUUUUUAGGUACCGAAGGUAUUUACUAUGUAACUGUUGAUGCAGAAGGAGGAAAGAAGAAAAAGAAGAAGAAGAAGAAUUUUGCUAAACCCAAGAAGAAGAAGCACCGACACCGAAAAGUCAAAUUGGCUACACUUAAGCUAUACACCAUCGACAAUAAAGGUGUUGUUCAAAGAUCUCACAAACAAUGCCCAUAAUGUCCAUAAGGUGUAUAUAUGGCUAAGCAUUUUGAUAGACACUAUUGUGGUACAUGCCAUUAAACAUUUAGAAUGGACGAAGCAACUAUCAAAGCCAAUUUGGAAGCCAUCAAAAAAUAACAAGCAGCUAAAGCAGCAGCUGCAGCAGCCGCAGCACCAGCAGGAGGAGCAGCAGCUGGAGGUGCCGCAGGUGGUAAGAAAGGAAAGAAAAAGUGAUCAUCAGUAUAAUAACAUUAAAUAUAUUAUUGAACAAUUUAUCAUAUAGCAUUGA